UGUGCAACUGCAGCAAACACUUUCAGCACGUGGUGGUGGUUUCUACUGGUUUCAUCUCUCUUCUGUGCAACAAAUCAACAAAUCUGGGGAGCUCUUAAGCGUCAAGUCAGUGAGUCACAUUAGCCAGUCUGGAGAGCGCUGAUGAUGAAUGACACUGCUGAUUACAGAUCUGGACCUGAGCCGUAACCUGAGUGCACAGAAUGGCAGUGGAGAGAGAGAGAGGAAGAGGGAGCGAGAGAGGCGUAGGGUAGAGAAAGAGAGUGUAGGAAAGGGAGAGAGAGAGAGAGAGAGAGAGAGCGCGCUAGGGAGGGAAGAUUGGGAAAGUGAGAGAGAGAGAGAGAGAGAGACCGUGCUUACUUUUUAGUUGCCUAUAGCCACCUGACAGUUUGCAGAUGCCGACAGAUGUGCCCGAAGACAGCGAGGAGAAUGCGACUAAGUCUGACAGUAUGACUCUGCCCAGCACCCCGACCGUUCGCAGAGGAAGCACCCCUCUGCCAAUUAAGCACCAGCUCCGGCGAGAAGAAGCCGUCCACGAUGAAUGCGACUGGACAUCGGGUGCGGCCGGGCCUUCGGUGUCACCAAACAAUUUCAGCCCUGCCUUGGAUGAUACACCAACCGUGGCUGUGGAAGGCAGACCUGACGGGCCAUUAAGGAUUGCUCUCCUUGGACAGAAUGGCGUCGGGAAGUCUUCUCUUGCCCUGGCCCUCGCUGGAGACAUGGACAGGACUGCGUCUGUGGAUUCUGAUGGGGAGGGUUAUGUGCACACAGUUACUGUGGAUGAUGAGGAGAGCAUCAUCAUUAUCUAUGACAACUGGAGACAGGACCUGUCGGCUCUGCAGUGCGAGGUGUGCGUCUUGGUGUUUUCGGUGACUGACAGGCGUAGUUUCCACCGUACCGCUCAACUUCGGCUUCUCCUGAGAGAGACUCAGCCCCAAACUCCAAUAAUCCUUGUUGGUAAUAAGAGUGACCUCGUUCGCACACGUGAGGUCACCGCUCAAGAGGCUAUGUCUAGUGCUGCCCUCUUCAACUGUCUGUAUCUGGAGAUCUCCGCCUCUCUGGAUCACCGUACCGUGGAGCUGCUGGAGUGCGCGGUGCGACUAGCCAGGGGCCAGUCUCCGUGGCCUCCGGGGACCAGCGCUGAGGACAUGAGCGGAGGAGGCCAACGCGAAAGCAUCACAUCGCGUGCCAAACGUUUCCUGUCCAACCUGGUGCCUCGGUACCCUCGAGAGCGAGAGGUGGGGAAGUUCCUGAGGCAGAAGUCCCGUUCGUGCCAUGACCUGGGGGCACUGUGAUUGUGCCCCACAAGGAGCAAAUGGUUAGUUUAUUAAUAGGAAUAGCUGGAAGAGAUGUAUUAUACCAACAAAGAGAAGAAGAAGAGGUAGUGAUAGAAAACAGGAGAUGAGUGACAAAGAAAAUGUGAAGGAAUAAUAACAGGACAAUGUUGUGAGUGAUCACCCAGCAGAGGGGAGCAGGCAGAAUGGUGUUUAUCUUUAGGACGAUAUUGAAAUUCUGGACACAGAAAAAGAAAAGAUUAAAAUACUGUUGUAGAAACAUGUAAAUAAACUGUAGUAGUGAUACUUAACUGCCACCUUCACAGCUUU